GAGAGUGACGAAAAGAGAGCAAGAGCGUUAAAAAAUCUGCCAGCGGCGUCAGUGGAUUUAGUUUUGUUGUAGUGGCCUCAGUGGUGCGCGUUGCUGUGCUCUCAAAGCAAUAAUAAUUAUAAUAAUUUAAAAGAAAAAAGGUGGAAUUAAUUAAUAUAAAACGCAAACAAAUCAUUUUCGGUAUUGUGACAUGUUAAAAAUGACAAAUGUGCCGAUGCCGACCACGCUUAAGCUGGCCAGCAGCGGCAACAACAGCGCAGCAGCGACAACAAAAAAGACACAGCAUAAUGGAGUAGCAGCCGUCGCAGCUGCGUCGCUGCGCUGCGCAACAGACGACACGGACGAAUCGGAUGAGGACUCUGAGUCGGAUUUGGAUAUUGAAGAGGAAGACAUAUUGCUGGACGAUGCCGAUGAUGUUGUGCUUCAAAUCGAUAGCGAAGACGAGGCUGAGCUGGAGGCGCAGCGCAUACGCUUGGACGAUUUAAAGGCAGCGGCCGCAGCAAAGUCGCAGGUCAGUAACGGUAAAGUGACAACUGCAGAGCAGCAGCAGCCGCAGUCGCAGCCGCAGCCGAUACCAGCGUCGCGCAAGCCGCGUGGGCGUCCACCGGGCAGCACAAAUAAAAAUAACAACAAAAACCAGAAAAACAAAAACAAACGCAAAAGCUCAAAAAGCCCCUGCGCCAGCGCCAGCGUCAGCGCAAGCGUCGCUGUUAAUGUCGCUGUCUCCGUCCCCGCCUCCUUACCCGUUGUGGCUGCCAAAAUACACGCGGAUGAGAAGGCGCAUCGUUUCAUUUACAGUUGCGUUAGCUGCUCUCUGUUGUACGGGGAUGCGUCGGGGCUCUCUCAGCACUGGCACAAAGAGCACCAGCAGCAGGUGGAGCGGGAGAGCAAACGCGUCAGAACCAAAGUGCCGGCUGAUGAGCAAGUUAAGCUCGAGCCGCCACUGGAGCUAAGCGACGGGCUCCAAUUGAGCGACUUGAAGUGUUGCGCGCAGCUGCUCUUGCUGGAGCGCGAGGAUGACAUAUCCAAGCAGCAGCUUAUUUGUUCUGCCUGUAAUGAUGCAUUUGAGCAGCGCAGGGAACUGCAUUUGCAUUUGAGCGAGAAGCAUGGCAUCUUCAAGCUUUUGGUGCCCAAAGAGGAGCCCAGCGAGCCCAUGGUCAGCAUACCAUCUGAUUUGGCACAUGGCAAGUCCACUUCCGCUUCCACUCAGGCGCAGGCGCAGGUGCAGCUGCAGGUGCAGGUGCAGGCACUGGAGUUGCCAGAGACGCCGCCGCCGGAGAAGGAAACAGCUGAUAAAGAUGAUCUCGCAAUGAUAAGCGCCAUGGUGGCGGAAAUUGCUGCCGAACGCAGUCCCAAGGUCAACAAGAUGAUUAUAAAACUGCCCGUAGGUAAGCGAGCAGGACGCAAGCGCAAAAAGGAGGAAAAACCAAAGCAGGAAAACGAUCAACAAGAGAGUCAAGCCACAGUCAGCGGUGGCAAACGCAAGCGAGGCCGCAAGGCACAAAAGCAGGCACAGCCCGUGGAGCAGCCGAAGGAGGAAGAAGAGGAGCUGGUGCAGCAGGAAGGAGCAAUAAAUCAGGAGGGGAAACGAAAGAAGGAGCAGCAACAGAAAGAGGAAAAGGUUCAGGUGCAGGGGGUAAAGGAGGACAAGGAGCAGCAUCUGCAUAAGCGACCAAAGGAGCAAAAGGAACAGAAUGAGGACAAUGAGCAAAAAGGACAGCAGCCGUUGGAAGACAAAGAGCACGUGCAGCAGGAGAUCAAAGAGGAAGUGGAACCGAGACGCGCGCGCAAAUCACGCAGCUAUGUGGACUACGUGGUCGAUAUUAAGGAUGAGGAUGACGAUUUGGAGGAGGAAGAUAAGGACACCGACUCAGACGCUGAGAGCGUAACGCCACACAAUACCUCAACGGAUGAUAGCCAUGCCGCGGCCUCCAUCAAGCGUGAAUCAUCUGAGGAAUCGCAGCGUAACGGCACCAUUCACACCUGUAACUUUUGCAGCAAAACCUUUCAGCGUUUCUCUAGGCUGCAGGAUCAUCUGCGGCUGCACACCGGCGAGAAGCCGCAUGUUUGUGGCCAAUGUGGACGUGCGUUCCGCUUGAAAAUGCGGCUGGCCGAGCAUCAGUUGCGACAUCGCACCGAGAAGGCAUUCAAGUGCGAGCUAUGUGGUCUGCCGCUGGCCACCAAACAGGACAUGGCGCUGCAUAUGCGCCAUCACAAGAACGAUCGACGUUACAAGUGCGAGCGCUGCGGCAAGGGAUUCGUGCGCAGCUCCGAUUUGGCCAUACACGUGCGCGUUCACACCGGCGAGAAGCCCUACAGCUGUGACCUGUGCGGCAAGGCGUUCCGUGCCCGCCAGAAUCUCAUUGUGCAUCGGCGCACGCAUCUCGGCGACAAGCCCAUCCAAUGCGAGAUGUGCGACAAGCGCUUCUCCCGCAAAAUCGACAUGCGCGUCCACAUGCGCAGGCAUACCGGCGAGAAACCGUUUAGUUGCACCUCUUGCCAGCGUGGCUACUCCUCGCGCGUCAAUCUGCAGCGUCACCAGCAGCGCGAACACGGCGGACAGGCGGCCAACGAAUCGCAGGAGCAGCAGGCAUCUCCGGAUAACACCAAAUCGAAGCCCGUUACGCGUCGUCCGCGCCGCGAAAAGCUGCAGGAGAAGAUUGCCGCACAGGAGAAGCUGCUCAAUGAGCUGAAGCGCAGCCUGAGCACACUCAACGACAUAGUGGAAGAGCCGCCGGCAAACCCAGUGGUUGAGGGCGUCAAACACAACAUGGCUGAGCUGGCAGCUGAUGCAGGCGCUGGCACGGCUGCCGGGGGCUGCGCUCAGGUUUCGGUCACAGUUUCGAUGCAAGUGGAGCCGGCCAAAGGAGAUGACGAUGAGGAGAUCACGCCGGAGAAGGAGAAUGCGCUGUCCAGCGGCUCAACAACGGACGCCGUGUCCAGCAAUGGCAAAACGAAGACUAAUCGCAAGAUUACAAGCUACUUUACUGUAGUUGGACAGCAGGCGGAAAUCUAAAGACUUAUCAGACUCCAAUCCACAAUUCUUACUCAUUAGCUUAAGAUGCAACUGUACUUGAAAUUCUGUAGCAUAGUGUAAACCUCGCAGACUUGGAGACGAUUUCACUUUCUUUAUAAGAUUUUCAAUUUUGCAGGGAUUAAGUAUUCUCUAUGUAUACAGACUUAUUAUCAUUAUGAAGUCAACCUAUUGAUGAAGAAUCAUCUAACGAUAACAUUUUUUUUCGCAUUUAAUUAACAUUAACGAACAGAAAAGACUACGUUUUAAAAGCAUUAAUUAUAUGAAAAAAAAAAA